AUGGAUCAAGAUCGGUUGAAGUCCCUCACCAACAAGCGAGAAGUCAUCCUCGCGAAGGUGAAGUGGGAGCUGUCCGUCGCGAAAGCCAUCAAGGCCCGCAACCCGUCCCUCGGCGAAGUGGCGGAACGGCGGGACAAGUUGACCGGCCUCGCUCAGUGUUUUGACGACGUACAGACCGAGAUCGAGGAGGCCACGCCGAACCUGGAGGAGGUGGUCACGGUGUUCAACCACCGAAUCCUAUUCGAGGAGGCCUACUUCCAGAUCAAGGACAUCUACACGGAUUAUCUGGACCAGCAUGUGGAGGAGCCGGAAGUUAGGCCGGAAGACCGGCAGGACGAUCUGCGAGACGCCGUCAAGGCGCUCUUGGAAUCCCAGCAGCAGAUGCUGCUCGCGCAGUGCCAAAAACCACCACCGCAAACGCUGGCGCUAGCGGCGGGGAGCCAGGUAUCGAACCCGGUACCCCAGAACGUCGUCAAGCUGCCACAAAUCGACAUUCCGAAGUUCACCGGGGAGCGUAAGCACUGGCGCUCAUUUAAGGACCUCUUCGUGUGCACAAUUCACAGCCGUACCGACCUGCGGGAUUCGGUAAAGAUGCAGUACCUGUUCUCCUACCUGGACGGUGAAGCGAAGGGGAAAGUCGACUCGUUCUCGAUCAACGACGGCAACUACCGUGAGGCGUGGGACGCACUCGUGACCUACUAUGACAAACACAAAUACACGGUGUUUGCCCUCGUCCGGGAGUUCGUCGACCAGCAACCAGUCACCAACGCCAAGGAAUUGAAGCACCUCGUGGCCACAUCUGACGACGUCGUCCGCCAGUUGAAGGCCCUAGGACGGGAGUACGAGUCACGGGAUCCGUGGCUUAUCCACUUGCUGCUGGAGAAGGUGGAUCGAGAGACGCGCUCACUGUGGGCGCAGAAGAUCAUCACCGUGGAGAACCCGACUUUUGCAAACUUCCAAGAGUUCCUGGAGCAGCGGUGUGACGCGUUGGAGACGUGCUCGGCGUUCAGCAAGAAGACGGGCCCUGAAGUUUCGAAGAAGGAGUCUCAAAAGCCAACCCAAAGGAAAGUGCAAGCGUUCCACACGAGCGCUGCUGUGAGCUGCGCGAAAUGCAGUAAAGAUCACCCGACGUAUCACUGCGACCUGUUCAAGGCCAUGGACGUGGCCGGACGGCGGGAGCUAGUGCUCUCCAAAAAGCUGUGCUUCAACUGUCUGAAGCCGCUCCACACGGCGAACAAGUGUCCGUCGAAGUCAACGUGCCGCACGCCCGAUUGUAAGCAGCGACAUCACACGACGCUGUGCCAGCAGCGGCAGCAGCACAGUCAGGAACCGGAGAAGGCUGACCGCGACCAUCCUCCACGCCAACCCGAAGAGACGGAGGAGGCCUCGUCGGUCUCGGCCAACGCAGCUCAAGCCAAGGCAACCAAGUACGAACCGUCGUCGGUGGCACUGCUGCCCACGGUGAUCGCCAACCUGGAAGGGAAGGACGGGAAGUUGCACCAGGUGCGAUGUCUCGUCGACAGCGGAUCACAAGCGUCGCUGAUUACGGAGGCAUGUGUCAAGCGCAUUGGGCUGAAGCGCACGAACGCCUCCCUGGAAGUCACCGGAGUGAACGGAGAAAUCGUCGGCACCACGGCCGGCGCAGUCACGCUGGUGAUGUCUUCGCGUUUCGACGGAGAGACCAAGCUCACCACGCAAGCCUACGUGUUGGGAAGGCUGACGGCAACCCUGCCGAACCAGCGCUUCAACGUAGCAGACCUGCCCUUCCUGGAGGGGCUGGAGUUAGCGGAUCCGAGCUUCAACAGUCCAGGCGAGAUGGACGUUAUUCUCGGAGCAGAUGUCUUCCUGUCCAUCCUACAAGCCGGACAGGUCAAGAAUCGCCAAGGAAUCCCCGUGGCCCAGCGUUCCAUCUUUGGGUGGAUGGUAUCGGGGAAGAUCUCCCAGCCGUGUCGCACAAGCAGUCACCAUGCAGUUCUCAACGUCGCCCAGGAGUUUGACAUCGACCGCACCUUGCGGUUGUUCUGGGAGGACCAGGAGAUCCCUGAAGGCAAGCUGCUGACAACCGAGGAGAAAAGGGUCAUCGAACACUUCGAUUCGACUCUCACGCGCUCAGAGAAGGAUGGCCACUUUAUCGUCAGACUCCCCCUCGACGAUUCAAAGUGCAAACUGGGAGAAUCGCUCAACGCAGCAACCAAGCGCCUGCGGGCCAUGGAACGCAAGUUCCAACGGGAUCCCAACUUCAAGGAACGGUACGUUGCCUUCAUGCGCGAGUACCAGAAGCUGGGCCACAUGGAGGAAAUUCCCGAGACGGAGGUUCAAGCAGACUGCACCAAGUCCUACUACCUCCCACACCACGGGGUCGUGAAGGAGGACAGCUCCACGACCAAACUCCGGGUCGUUUUCGACGGCUCUUGCGCCACCACGACCGGGGUCUCACUAAACGACCUACUCUUGAACGCACCCAACGUCAACGCAGAUCUCUUCGAUGUGCUGCUGCGAUUCAGAACCUACCCGGUAGUGUUCACGGCGGAUGUUGAAAAAAUGUACCGCCAGGUCUGGGUGCAUCGUGACGACACGGACUAUCAGCGCAUCGUCUGGAGAGAGUCGCCCGACGAACCGAUCCGGCACUUUCGUCUGCUGACCGUAACGUACGGGCUGAAGAACUCCGGGUUCCUGGCGAUGUCAGCGCUCAAGAAAGCAGCAGAGGACUUCGAGCAGCAAUACCCUGGGGCUGCUGAGCGGAUCAAGGAACACACGUACGUGGACGACCUGGUCUCCGGUGCAGAUUCGGCGGCAGAAGCAGCGCGGUUGGUGGAGCAGAUCGACGAGAUUGCUGGUAAGGCCGGCUUCACUCUCCGCAAGUGGUGCUCCAACGUGGACGAAGCGCUUCUACCCCUCGCCGACGUGAAGAACGCAGCGGUGCCAAUCCAGUUCCCCGACGAACGCAACGCCAUCAAGGCGCUGGGGAUCCACUGGUUGCCGCAAGAGGAUGCGUUCACCUUCAAGGUCAACAUGAAAACGGAUGGACCCAACACGAAGCACCAGUUACUGUCCGACUCGGCGAAGCUGUUCGACCCCAUCGGAUGGCUGGCGCCAGUGACAGUGCGAGCGAAGAUCCUGUUUCAACAGUGUUGGCUGUACGACAUGAAUUGGCACGACCCGCUGCCCGCCGCGGUCGAGCAAAUGUGGAUCGAGUUUAAGGAGAACCUGCCGCGCCUGGAGCAGGUCAAGAUACCAAGGUGGAUGUCGAGCUACAACGGACGCGUCGAGCUACACGGCUUCUCGGACGCCUCCGAGGAAGCCUACUCUGCCGUCGUCUACAUCCGAACGUUCAACGAGAUUGACGGUGCCUACGUCAACUUAGUCGCGGCCAAAACGAAGGUCGCACCAAUCCGGCAGGUUUCACUACCUCGGCUGGAGUUGAACGGAGCGUGGCUCCUAGCAAGGUUGAUGAAACGGGUGGCCAAGGCGUUCGAGCGGUUCAAGGUGGAGAUGUUUGCGUACACAGAUUCAACAAUCGUUCUGCACCAACUUGCUAUCCACCCACGCAAACUUGACACGUACGUGGCCAACAGAACGGCAUCGAUCCUGGAGGUACUGCCACGGUCUCGCUGGUUCCACGUCAAGUCAGAAGAGAAUCCAGCCGACUGUGCCUCCCGUGGAAUCUCACCGGCGGAACUGGUCAAUCAUCCCUUGUGGUGGUUCGGCCCGCCGUGGCUGAAGGCACAUGCGUCAACCUGGAAGCAUGAGAUGCCUGACGAGGAAUUCGACGAAGCAACGCUGGAGGUACGCAAGAAAUUCCGAACGUUCAACAUUGUGGUCAGACUACCAAAAACCACGUACGAAGAGGAGAAGCAGAUUCUUGAGAAGCGUUCUUCACUGCUUGGAGCGUGCCGACAGCUGUCACGGGUCAACCGGUUCCUCUACAACCUGCGACCGGGAAACAAAGAGAAGCGUUCCGGUUCGAUCGCCCCGGCUGAGCUGCACAGCGCGCGAAUGCAGUUCGUAAGGCUGGCUCAGCACGACGUCUUCCAGAAGGAGAUCAAAACCCUCGCCGCGGGUCGCGAGGUUUCACCGAAGUCGAAGAUUGCCAACCUGUACCCGUUCCUGGACGGCGAUGGAACGCUCCGAAUUGGCGGUCGUUUGCAGCAGUCGUCCCUACCGUUCGAGGUCAAGCACCCGGUGAUUCUUCCCAAGGAUCAUCGAUUCACGAAGCUGCUGGUGGAGGAGCUCCACUCGCAGAACUGCCACGCCGGACCAUCGCUCUUGACUGCUACGGUCAACCAACGCUAUUGGAUUCAAGGCUGCCAAUCGGUAAUCAAGCAGGUGAUUCACAACUGUGUGAAGUGCCGUCGUCUGAAGGCCAAGACGGCGCAGCAGCUGAUGGGUAGCCUCCCUGCAGCUCGAGUCACGGCGUGCCGGCCAUUCACUCACGUGGGGGUGGAUUACGCCGGGCCCAUACAAGUACGCUGCAGCAACACCCGAGGAACACGCUGUAUGAAGGGGUACAUCGUCGUGUUUGUGUGCCUCUCAACCAAGGCCGUUCACCUGGAGGCGGUCAGCGACCUCACGUCGCAGGGAUUCAUUUCCGCACUCAAGAGGAUGAUCGCACGUCGCGGUUAUUGUUGCGAAAUCUGGUCGGACAACGGCACUAAUCUGGUUGGUGCGGACCGACUGCUGCAGGAGAUCUACGAAGCGAUUAUGGCACACAGCAAGGAAGCCGAGCAAUUCCUCUGCAAUCUCGGCAUCAAGUGGAAGUUUAUUCCGCCGGCCAGCCCUCACCAGGGUGGCAUCUGGGAAGCAGCCGUCAAAAGUGCUAAGAGCCUGCUGCGUCCAGUCGUUGGGAACGAAAAACUGACGUUCGAAGAACUCAGUACGGUGCUCUGCCAGAUCGAGGCCUGCUUGAAUUCGAGACCACUCUGCCCGUUGUCAACAUCACCGGACAGUCUCGAAGCUCUGACGCCGGGGCACUUUCUUGUGGGCCAGCCGUUGAACAUGAUUCCAGAGCCCGACGUCAUGCACUUGAAGAUGAAUCAGCUCGAUCGUUGGCAGAAGAUGCAGCGCUACUCCACCGAGUUCUGGAACCGCUGGCGUGACGAAUACAUCGCGACGUUGCAGCCGAGAGGAAAGUGGCGCGCAAGUGAGGAGAACAUCAAGCCGGGGCAACUGGUCCUGGUCAAGAAUGACAACGCUCCACCAUCCGCCUGGGAGCUGGCCCGUGUCGUAGCAGUUCAUCCGGAUCGAGCAGGACUUGUUCGGAACGUGACGCUGCGUCGUGGGAAGCACGAGUACCAACGCUCGGUGCAGAAGAUCUGUCCGCUUCCGAAUUGA